ACUCUCUUCACGCACUACGGAAUCUACCUGGGUGACAACCGCGUGGCGCACCUGAUGCCGGACAUCCUGCCCGCCCUCACCGCCGACCCGCGGCACCUGGGCCGGGCCGUCACCAACGCGCGCCUGCUGCUGGGCGUCCUGGCCAAGGUGGCCAGCAUCCGCGUGGACACGGUGCGGGACUUCGCCUACGGCGCCAGCAUCCACGUCAACAGCCUGGACGCGCUGCUCAAGAGCCCGGCGCUGGGCGCCGAGGAGGUGGCGGGCCGGGCGGAGCGGCUGCUGGGCGCCUGGCCCUACAGCCUGCUCUGGAACAACUGCGAGCACUUCGUCACCCACUGCCGCUACGGCGCGGCCGCCAGCCUGCAGACCGACAAGCUCUGCGAAACACUGAAGAUGAUCAUUCGGGACCAGAGGAGCAUUCUUGUUUCGGUGCUCUUGGGACUGGCAUCUAUCAUGUGCCUAGGUCUGGCACCAUCUACCACCCUGCCCACUAUCUUUAUUCCAUUUAUCUUGUGGAUGGCUGGCUAACAGAACCAACCAGCACCUGUACAUGGAACAUUAUAGUAUUAAUUUGUAUUUAUAAAAGCACACAUUACUUAUCAGCGUUGUGUAAAGAGAAAAAUGUAACAUAACCUUGUGUAAUGUUUUAAAAUUCAGCCUUAUCCAGAACACAAUGCACAAGAAUAGCUUACUGUGUAAGCCAAAUAAGCAGAUUUCCUGAAAAUCUCACUGGAAGGUAAACUUAAACUCCCUUUUAA